AUGAACUAUAACGUUACUAAAGCAUUAGAUCAAGAAGAAACAGGUGACCUUAUUAAAUACUUUAAUUAUACAGAUGGAAUACUUGAAGCUAAUUCAGGUGUUCAUGAUAAUAAAUGUUUAUCAAUUGAUUCAUCUGAUCCACCAUGUCCUGUACAAAAAGGAAUGUAUACUAAAGUAAAAUUAACAGAUGAAUCAAUUCAAAUUACAAAUAUAGAUAAAUCAUCUAUUACAGCAUUAGUUAGAAUUCAAAUUAAACCAACAGAACAAUUUUGGACACAAAUAAGUGAUACACAAGAAGGAGAUAUUUCAGCAUUUCAAACAGGAAGAUUAACAGCAAUAGAAUAUUUUGUAGGAUUAAAAUCAUCAACACAUUUAUUUGAUGCAUAUAGAGUAUAUUCAAGAAAUAAGAAAACAGCAUGUGAACAAACAGAAGCAUUAUAUGAAAAUGCAGCUAUUAGAAUGUUAAAAGCACAAGAAGAAUUAGAUUAUAAACCAGGAAUUUAUACACAAUGGGAAUCAGCAUAUAAUCAUGAAGAUAAUGUAUGUGGAUGUUAUUUUAAUCUUCAAGAAAUUAUUAAAUCACCAAACAAUACAAUUGAAAAAGAAUUUGAAGUAAUUAUUCCAAUAGAUGAUUUAUUACCAUUUGCUGCCAUGAAAAUGUUUCCUAAUGCAUUAUUUGGAAAUUUAACACUUGAAGUUAAAAUGGCAAUUCAACAAAAUUUUGUUAUUUGUCAAUGUAAUCAAGGUGUUAUUGCAAAUAAAAUUACCAAACAAAUAAAUUCACCAGUUAAAGGAAAUUCAUUAGUAGUUACAAUUGGACUUGAUCAAAUGAAAGAACGUGAUUAUUAUGGUGUAUUAAAUAGUAAUCAUGAAAAUUGUUCAUUUACACAAAUUGGAGAUACAUUUAUUACAUCAAUAAUGUCAUUACAGAAAGAUAAUAAUCACGAAUUAGGUGUUCUCACACCAAAAAAUAUCAAAAGUUGUUUUACUAUCACAGAUGGAAGUUUAAGAUAUUGUAGAACAAAUAUUAAUGGAUUUAAUAUUAAAGAUAGUAUAUUAAAUGAAUUAACAACAAAAUAUUCAUCAAAAGAAUUAAUUAUUCCUUCUCAAUAUGUUGAUUAUCAAGCAUUUUCACAAAAACCAUUAAGUAAUGGUUUAAAAUGUAAUACUACUUAUGCUAUGACAAAUGUAAGUUCUUUAAUGUUUUUAUUUCCUAGAACAUCAAAUGAAGUAACAUGUAGUAGAAAUCCUUUAUUUGCUUCUUUACAAAUGCAAAUUGAUAAUAAACCUUAUCCUGAUAAACCAUUUUCUACUGUAGAAAAAUCACAUACUAUUUAUAAUAUUACUAAUGCUGGUUUAGAUAAUUUAUUCUCUCCUUCAAAAGAAUUUGCUUAUUCAUUAGAAUGUAAUGAACUUGAUUCAUCAUUUGUAAAUAAUUAUAAUCCUGAAAUACAAUAUGCACUUCCUCUUAAAGAUAAUACAUCAUAUUGUUUCUUAUGUAGUACUGAAAGAUUAAGUGGUUAUGGUACAUUUUGUGAUGGAAUUACUAAAGAUAAUGCUCAUGUAACACUCACAGCUACUCUAUUACCAUUUAAACAACUUCAUCCAUAUUUGAAAAAUCCAUGGACUGAAGAAUCAAAUGACAGAUGUCCAAUUAUGCUUGUAUGUCAAGAUUGUUUCUGGAGAUGUACAUUACAAGGUGGAUGUGAAUAUAUUUGUAAUAACAAAUAUUUUGUUAAAGAAAAAACAGGAACAGAUUAA